AUGGAAGACUUAUCGAGGGCGAUCUUCCUCCCGAUCGUGCUGGUGCUCGAUGCCUGGGUGUUCCAGUAUCUGAUCUCUGUGUAUUGGCCACGGCGUCGCGAGUUUCGAGUCAAAAUGCUGCUAGUCGCGUCGUUCCUUGCCUUUAUCACGCACAUUUACUCGCACGAGACGUUUGAGACGAUGAGCGAGUUCAACGAUAUCUCCGAGACGUGUCUGCAGCUGACGUUCAUCAUCCAGAUCACCAUUAUCGGUCGAGAUGUCGCUAAAAAGGUCAAAGUUCGCUCCAUUUUAUGGUUCACGUACGCUGCAGAGACUUUAAUCUUCGUGAGUUGGGUGGAUAUACUCGGUUCUAUAAUCGAGAUUGCUGGAUUACCAACGGGAGGCAAACUGCAUGGAGUGGAGAAUAUACUGGAAACUAUCUCUCUCACUUUCGUGCUGGUGUUCCGCUUCUUUUAUUUAUCGCUGUCCGGAGGGUUUCGACGCGUGAUAGUCAAGCGGAAGAUGGAGUUCUUGCUCUAUAUGAUGGUCGCGAUGCACGAAUCUCCGUUCGUUCUCCUCGAGGAGCUAACGGGGUUGACGUGGGAGUUCGUACAGGGAAUUUUCAUGCGUCUGCUGAUCGUCUCGUGCAUCUUGCUUAACGUGAUCCACAAGGCUCGUCGCAGUGGCCGCUCCAGCUUCAGCGUCCGAAGCGGUCGACCGUCCAACGCGACAGAGGAAGAAACAUCCAAGGCCGGCGGGAGCACUUUCGCCAGAAGUCCACCCAGUCUUCGAUUCUUUCGAUCUGCGUCCGCGCGUAAUGUUACCGGGUCCGCUCGAAAUGUCAACAAGGUUGCCGUGGGCUUGUCCUCCUCAUCCACCCGCCAAUUACCAACCGGGAACAAUCUUGACUAUGUCGUGGACGAGUGA